AUGUACAAUUUAUUUAUGGAAAAGUGUAAUGAAAACCAAUCUAUUGGAGUAAGUAUGAUAACGUAUCGAAGAAUAUUUGGCACCGAGUACAAUAUGUCAUUUUUUAAACCCAAAAAAGACCAAUGUUCAACUUGUAAUGAAUAUCAGAAAGCAUCUACUGAAGAAAAGCUUUCACUGAAGUUAAAAUACAAAGAACAUUUACAGAGAAAAGAAGCUUCGAUGAAAAAUAAAGAAGAAGAUAAGAAAAGGGCAGCCAGUGAUAAGUCUUUUAAGUCAAUAACGUGCGACAUGCAAAGCGUUCUUCAAAUUCCCAUCUCACAACUUUGCGAAAACAAUAUUAUUCCCUCUCCCCUUCAUGCCUGGUAUAGAAGCUUGCCCAGUUCAUGUUCUAUUCAAGACGUAACUGCAGAACCAAGUGAAAAUGACCCCGAUGAAGAGGAAGAGAACUACUAA